AUGCUUGCACGCAACAGCAACGCGCUCAUGGAGCGCGUCUCGUACGUCCACUCGAUCGACAAAGACAAAGACGCCAAGGCCGUUGACGGCGACUACGACGCGACCAAAACCCCCGAAGACCUCGAAAAUGGCGCGCUCCGCGAAGGCGAUGCCCCGGUGUACACGUCGCCCGAGAUCCUCGCCAUUCUCUACCAGUACGCGAUGAUCGGUAUCGUCUACGGUGGCGUUCCUGCCAUGAAGUUUCCGAUCCUCGCCUCCUACUUUCAACUCGAAACCAACGUCUUGAGCUCCGCCUCGGCGCUCAUGACGCUCGGCUGGACCAUCAAAGUCUUCUUUGGCAUGUUCAACGACUGCUUCCCGAUCUUUGGCUACUCGCGCAAGCCGUACAUGUUCAUUGGCUGGACGUUGUGUGCUGCGAUUCUUGUCUACAUUGCGUGCAAGCCGGCGGGCGAGCCGGGCUCCAACGCCGAUGGGUCGCAGCUCGCGCUACUCUGCACGAUUGUGGGCUUUUGCUACGUCAUGGCCGACGUCGCGCAGGACGGUCUCAUGUUGACGUACGCGCAGCGCGAGCCGCUCGCGGUGCGUGGCCGUCUCCAGUCGCUCAUCUACUCGACUCGCUCGUUCUUCAUGGCCAUCAUCUAUCUCAUUUGCGGUCUCUGCCUCAACUCGAAGCCGUUCUCGGGCGACUUUGACUGGGACAUUGGUAUCAACGGGUACUUUUGGAUCCUCGCGGUGCCAUCGAUCAUCAACGUGCCGGUGAUUUGGUUCUUUGUCAAGGACACGAAGCGCGAGCGGGUGCCCGUGGGCAUUUACUUUGCCAAGUUUUGGCACCUCGUCCAGCUCCGCGCCGUGUGGCAAGUGCUCUGCUUCAACUUCCUCUUUAGCUUUUUCACCGGCAACAUUGGGUCGACGGCGACGUACUACGUGUCCUUGCACUGGGCCAAGGUCGAGAACCUCAACAAUCAGAUCAUGGGCGUCAUUGGCCAAAUCAUCUUUGCCUUUGUACUCAUGCUCACGGGUAUCUACGGCACGCACUGGAACUGGCGCUACGUGCUCGUCAUCACGGUCGUCACGGCCAACGUCAUUGAUGCGACCGCGCAAUUUUGCACGAUUUUUGCGAUCGUCCGCAACCAGUGGUUCUACCUCGGCGUGCCGAUCAUGGAGAACAUUCCCAUCGGCAUCAACUUUGUCAUUGGCACGUACGUCAUUGUCGAGCUCGCCGAGGCCGGCAGCGAAGGCGUCAUGUACGGUCUCCUCACGACUGUCACGAACCUCCCGAGCACCUUUGGCGCCAUGAUCACCAACAUCAUCGACGGCCAGUUCAAGUACAACGUCGCACUUAUCAAGCAAGACGCGGACGAGACGCGGGUCCAAGUCGCGUACACGUACCUCAUUUCGUACUUGUUUUGCAUUGUCGGCUGCAGCCUUGUGUGCCUCCUUCCGCCCCAGAAAGCGGCGGUCGCCGAGCUCAAGAAGCACGGCGGGCGCCACCCAGUGGUCGCCACCUCGAUGUUCGAGUCAACGCGGUGCCUUCCGCUCGCCGGCGGCCGCGGCUGCCCCGAGGGGACGUCGCACACGUACCUUCUUGGCAUCUUCGUCCCGAGCGCUGUUGCACUUGUCGCGAUCCUCUACACGGCGUUUGUGCACAAGUAG